UCUUCAACGCGACGGUUCUUAUCUCGCCCCGUUAUCUGGGGCCAGACUACACACGACCGGACGCCGACGUCGAGUCGCAGCUGUGCUAGAACCCGGUAGGUCUUCCAAGCUUCAAGCCAUGAAAAUUCCGGGCGCCAUUAUUGGGCUUGCGGCAUUCGUCGUCUGUGCGUUCGUACUCCGGCAAGGUUCUGCGGCGUCUGCCAAGUGCGCCUUUCCGAAGACAACCUCGUGCUUCAAGAGUCACCUAAAUGACCUGACAGGCAACUUGACCGACCUCACCAGGAAGCAGGGCGCCGCGCUGGACGCUGCCUUGACCAACUACACAAAACAGUUUUCUGCAGCUUUCCAGUGUUUCGUGGAGUCGGAAAAACGCUGUGCCAGCUCCCAGGAAACGCAAUACAUCGGCCGUGUGCAGUCCACCUCCGAUCUUCUCGUCAGGGAACUCACCAACAAGACCGCCUUGACGGCCAUCGUGACGGCGUACAAGUGCCACGACGUGGAGCGCUUCACACCGUGCAUGUCCAAGGCGAUACGCGAUUUCCUCUCCGAACCUCUCAAGACAUCGAAGGCUGACGCCAAGAAACUGUGCAGCAACGUGGACGAUGCCUCGAAGACCUGCCUGGUGGCCAGGAACUGCACUCCUGCGGCAGAGCCCGGCAAGAAGGCGGUCCGCAAGCUGUUCACGUCCUUCCGAACCAUCUGGGGCUGCAAGGGCGGCAGCGGUGCUCCGGCCGCCGCCUCCGUCCUGCCGACGGUGUCCGUGAUGCUCGCCCUGAUUGCGCGGAAGAUGCUGUGAUACCCCAGUCUACUGGACACUGUAUUGAACCAUGGUUAAAGGCGCUAAAAAAGACGUACACAAGAUAGAAGACGAACACAAGCGCCCGUGUUUGUUUUUCUAUCUUGUGUACGUCUUUUUUUAGCGCUUUUAACCAUGGUUCAAUACAGUCAACACCAAUUAGCCCAACAACAAGUUCUUUUACUAUACUGGACACGUGGGAGCCGAUUGAGGUCCGCGAAGGUGCAACUACAAAAAGAAAGCACGGAGUUCCCCAAGGGGGGUUUCGUGUUUUCGGUGGAUACCGAUGCAGUGUCGAUGGCGCUUCUGAAAAAUGAAGUGACGAACCACGUUACUCAUCACUUGCAAAUAAAGAGGACGCGUUGCCGA